AUGAAUAUUUUUAACUUUGGAACAAUUACCGUCCGUCAUUUCGUUAUUAUUCUUGUUAUUGUUAUUAAUUGUAUUUAUUCGACAAGUAUUCCGAAUAAAAAUGAUCUUUUCACUAUUAAUGUUACUAUGAAAGAUUAUCAAACAACACAGGAAGAUCAAUAUGCAUAUGUUCAAUAUAAACUUCCUGAUGAAGAAUUAACAAUUGUUGGAUAUUCACCAUUGACUAAUAUGAAUUCUGUUCACCAUAUGCUUACUUAUGCUUGUGCAAAACCGGGUACAAAUAAACAAUUUUGGACUGCAGGCGCAACAUGUGACGGUGAACAAAUGAUUAUUCAUGGAUGGGCUCGGAAUGCACCUGCAUUGACAUUACCUGAAGAUGUUGGUUUUGCUGUUGGUCGAAAUACACCUUAUAAAUAUAUUGUAGUAAAUCUUCAUUAUUUAUCUAUAUUGAAAAAUGAUAAUUCUGGAAAUCAAUUAAUUAUGAGUCAUACACCACGAAAAUAUCUAGCAGGUGUUAUGUUAACUGGUACAAGUCAAAUUCAUUUACGACCAAAUACACACACUAUUCGAACUCCCUUUUCAUGUCAAUAUGAUGGACCACCAAUUUCUAUUUUUGCUGCUCGUGUACAUACUCAUAAAUGGGGUUCGAAAUACAUUUAUUAUCUACUAUUUAUUUUUUGUUUUGUUGCAGGACGAGUUAAUUCAUUGUAUCGAGUACGUGAUGGUAAAAUAUCACAAAUUGUUAAAAGUGAUCCGCAAUGGCCUCAGUCAUUCUAUCCAAUUACAUCAGCUGUUGAAAUUAAAAAUGGUGAUUAUAUUGUUGGGCAAUGUGUUUAUGAUAAUAAUGACAAUCGAGUUAUUGAAGUCGGAUCAACACAUAAUGAUGAAAUGUGUAACAUUUAUGUCAUGUAUUCAUAUAAACCAUCACGAAAAUCUGAUGAUUCAUCUCCUUCUGAAAUGUGUUGGGAUAAUGAAUUUAGUCAAAUAUCAAGUUUUAUACCUCCAGAUAGUGUUGUUCCUCCACUUAAAAUAGCUGAUAUUGGUGAAACAAAUAAUGGUGAUGGUCAUCAUGCUCAUGCUGAACAUGCAAUGAAUCCAUUAUCAGGAUUGGAUAAAGAAAUUUCAAAUGAUGAUGAUCAAUCUUAUGAAGAUUAUAUAGAUGAAGUUGAAAAUAUGCGUCAUCGUGAUAAAGAACCCGAUAAUUAUGAUACAAAGAAAAUUUUAUCACAUCUCGGCUUACCAGAUUAUGAAUAUGUUGAUGCACAUAAUUAUGAUUAUUUAUUACCAAGUCAUUUAACGUAUGGAAAAGAACAAACAGUAAAAUUACAUAAUGCAAAACUAAUGAGCUCUAAUCUAUAUACAAAUACGGAAAAUUGGCCUGAUGUUAAAACUUUACCAGUUGAACUUGGUGAAAUAGGUGGAAUUGCAUUAAAUAAUGCUAAUAAUGAACUUAUUGUAUUUCAUCGUGGAAGUCGAAAAUGGGAAUACAAAUAUUUUAAUGAAUAUCGUUUUCGUAAUGAAAAAUAUGGUCCAAUUGAAGAAGAUGUUCUUAUUCAUAUUGAUACACGUACUGGAGAAACAAAAUAUCGAUGGGGUGCUAAAAUGUUCUAUAUGCCUCAUGGAUUAACAAUUGAUCAUGAAGGAAAUUUUUGGGUAACUGAUGUUGCAAUGCAUCAAGUUUUUAUGUUUAAACCAAAUGAUUUAACACAUCCAGCAUUGACUGUUGGAGAAAUGUUUCAAUCUGGCUCAGGACCAAGUCAACUUUGUCGACCAGCUGAUGUAGCUGUAUUAAAAAAUGGAGAUUUUUUUAUUGCUGAUGGAUAUUGUAAUAGUCGUAUUAUUAAAUUUAAUCGUAAAGGAGAAUAUAUUAUGGAAUGGGGUUCAGAAAUGACUGGACAACAUGAUAGUGAUGGAUAUCCUUUACCUAAUGAAUGGAAUAUUGUUCAUUCAAUAGCAUUAAAUGAAGAUGCACAAUUAUUAUGUGGUGCUGAUCGAGAAAAUUUUCGUAUACAAUGUUUUAAUUCAAAUACAGGAGAAUUUCAACGGCAAAUACGUAUUGAAAAACAAGAUACUAUAGGUGCUAUUUAUGCUAUAGAAUUUGCACCAAAUACGAAUGGAACAAUUCUAUUUGCUGUUACAGGUGGUGCACAAACAUUAAAGAAAAAAGUUUAUAUGAUCGAUGCACAAAAUGGAGAAGUUUUAACAUCAUUUGAUUCGAAUCCACCUUUAAAUGCUCCACAUGAUAUUACUGUAUCAGCAAAUGCUCGUGAAAUAUAUGUUGGUGAAUUAGCAUCAAUACCUGCUAAUGCUUUACAUAAAUUUCAAAUAUCUAAGCUUAAAGAUCUCCCAUCACAAAUAUACAGUCGACGAAACUAUUUGAAUGAUAAAAAUUUUCGUAUAUCUUUAAUUAUUAUGGCUGCUUUUGCUUUUCCAGUUCUUAUUGCUAUUAUUGUUGGAUGUUGUAUUCGAAUAAGAAAUAUGCGUAAACUGAAUCAUUUAAAUUCAUAUAUCACUGAUGCGAAGGCAAAUCGUAAUGAUCGUAGUUCUGUUUUUGGAAACUGGAUGAAUCGACGACAAGGUUUUGAACGAUUAGAACAGUUUUCUGAUGGAGAAAAUGAACCAUUAGAUAAUAAUAUUGAUAAUGAUUCCAGUGAUGAAACAAUCACAAUCCCAAGUAAACAACAAGGGACAGUAAUGAAUAAGACAAAUAAUACAAAUCUUUUCAAAAUCAAUGAAAAUCUUUAA